AACAUGCACAAGAAGGUGGAGAACUGAGCUGCCGCUCUGCUCUCUCUCGCUCGGUGAACGGACCGCACGAGCGCUCAGCGAGGGAUGUGACAGACUGCUCAUUUGGACUCGAGUGUAUUUUCGUUUCUUAUCGGGACUAGUCAUGUCUGAAAGCAUCGUGAGGAAGGUGCAGCCCUUCACCAUUGGGACGAGGCUGUCGGUGCCAAGUGGGCCAAAAUGCCAGGAGUUUACACAGAGUUACCUGCAGAACCAGGGUCUGGAUAAGUGCACGCUGCAGCACAACCUGAACUCGCUCUACCUCAGUCCAUCCCAGGUCUGCGGCCUCGCCGGGCAGGUAGCGCCCAUGAAACGCAGCCAGGAGCACAUGGCGGCGGAGGACCAGCUGAACCCGAACGCCGCCGCCGCCGCCGCCUCUGCCGUCUCCAGGUCCAUCAAGAAGAUCACCAUCUCCGGAAGCACGGACAGAUCGGAGGACGGGGUGGAGGUGGGACCGGGGCGGCUUUUAACGCCAGGGUCCACGUCUGGAAACAACAACAACAACAACAACGUCACCAGCGCAUCGGAGCCGCGGCUGCCGAGGAUUGUGGGAGUCAGUUGCGAGAACAAGCCCAAAUCUCAUUUUAAGGUUUUACUGAGAAAAGACGGCGGCGAUGAAUUUCAUUCCUCAAAGGGAAACACGAUGGUGAAGCUGAACGGCGAGAAAUCUGUCCAGCAGCUUUUAAUGCCUGGACUGCAGAAGAAGGAUCCUCUGAGGACGGUCAGCUUUCCCUCAGUGCAGAAUGAAGCAGCUGGUUCAGCGCAGACUGACUGCUUCACUCAGCGCAACUCCCUCUUCACCAAGGAGGCACUGCAGGCGGAGGCCUGGAUCAAAGGGAAGCUGCAGGACUUGAAGGACGGCUGUAACGUUCAACGCUGCCCCCUGCAGGACUGGGAGGAGGCCUCGCAGACGCUCCACAGGGACCUCAAGGACUUCGAGAACACGCUGAUUCAACUCAACCAGAUGGGCGAACAGCUGAUCUGCAGGCAGAACCCCACGUCGGAUCUGGUGAAGAAGCAGCUCAGCCAGCUCAGGGACCAGUGGCAGACUCUGAAACACACCGCAGCCAACCAGACGAGGGCCCUCGGCGGAGCCAAGAACCUGCUGGAGUUCAACAGGAAGGCGGACAGGUUGGAGGCGUGGAUCAAAGAAAAGCAGGAAGAGGAGCAGUCUCUGGAGAAUGUUCUGGCUGGAAAUGUUGACAAAAUGCAGCUGACCAGGAGGAUUUUAGAUCUGAAACAGGAUGAGCAGCUCUACAGGAACCUCCACGAGGAGAUCAACCAGCUGGCUCUGAAGCUGGAGAAGCAGGGGAGGACGGACGGCAGGAGCGUCGCCAGCAGGAGGAAGCACGUCAACAAAGCGUGGCUGAAGGGCCAGGCUCACCUGAAGACCCGCCGCGAGAACCUCCAGCUGGCGCUGGAGGUGUCGUCCUUCUACCAGCAGGCCGAGAACGCCCUGUCUGCUAUGAACAAUACGGGGACGACGGCGGCCGGGGAGCCCGGCGAGGUCCGCGACGUGGCCGCUCAGAUCAUGAUGCUGGACGUGAGCGUGUCGCAGCUCUCCAACCUGCAGCCGGCGCUCGCGGCCGGCGUCGCGCGGAAGCACGGCGAGGUGAAGGACCGCUGGGCGCUGUUCAGGAAUGAAAGGAGCACGCUCGCUCCCACCGGCUCCGCUUUCACCAGGGAAGACGCUGACCCCCUGACACCGGCCCGAGAGCCCCAGUGCCGCGAGGGAACGGGGACGCAAAGGAUCAUGGGAAAGGAGGUGAAGGAGGAGCGGAAUCGGCUGAAGGGCUGCGUGGGCGCUGUUACACGCGGGGGUCCGCCGAGCGGCCAGAGCCGGGAGCGACGGCCCGGGAGCGGCGCCUCAGGCCGCGCGGAGGAGGUCACCGUCGGACACCGGCCCGCGGGCGGAAGCCAGAAGCCCAGAGCCGAGCCGCGGCCGGCCGCCGCCCCGCAGGGCCACCCACUGCUUCACGCGCAGCUCCAGAAGUUCACGGUGUCUGCUGACAAGACUCUGUCCUGGCUGAAGGACAACGUGUCCAUGGCCACACAGGUGUGUUCUAUGGCCAGCUUGGAGGGGCUGGAGGCAGCCAGGAGGUGUCAGCAUGCUCUGGAGCAAGAAAUCCUCACCAACAGAGCCAGAAUAGAGGUGGUCAAAAGGGAGGGCCGCGGGCUGGUCCGCGCUCAGCACCCGGGCAGCGCCAAGAUCGAGGAAUUCCUCAGCCAGCUGGAGGUCCUGUGGGAGGAGCUGCGGAGGAGGCACCAGAGGAACGCGGUGUUUCUGCAGGCCUCGGGGGAGCUGGGCUUCAGGGUUGUAAGGGUGCUCCAGGCCCUGGGCAGCCUGGAGGCCUGGCUGGAGUCCGUGGAGCUUUCCAUGAAGGAGUCUGCGCUCGCCGGCGACCCCGAAACAAUGAGCGCGGCUGAGAGGGAGAGCUCGCUGCUGGAGAAGGAGGUGGCAGCACGCGGCCCGGAGCUCGGCGCCCUGAGGCAGGAGGUGGACCGGCUCGACUCCCACGCUCACCCCCACAUCAGGGGUCUGGCCACGCGUAUGGAGGAGCUGGAGAGAAAGUACCGCCACGUUCAGGGCGCCCUGACCCAGCAGAGCUCGGUGCUGCAGGACACGCGGAUGCUGACCGAGUUCCUGGAGCGGGUGGAGCUGGAGGAGAGCGAGGAGCUGAGCGACGGCCGCCACGGCCUGGACCAGCCUCUCCACAGUGACAUAUCUUCCGCUCCAUCGUUGCUGGGACUCCGGAGCAGCAGCAGCAGCGCUGAGCCGCUGAUGGAGAGCAUGGGGGAUCCUGUGGAGGAGCUGCGAGAGGCGGUGGAAAUGCUGAAUGACACAGCGAGGGAGCGAGGCCGAUCGCAGAGCCGCGAUCAGGCCAUCCAGGACCUGCUGAGAGACCACGCCAGGUUGGCGAUCCGCAUCGAGGAGCGUCUGUGCCGCAGCAAGGAGCUCAGCCUCGACGUCCUGGAGAGGGAGACGGACAUGGCCGUCCGGUGCGAGCUGGACCGCUGCGGACUGGAAGCUCUGCAGGAGACGCAGGACCACCUGGAGAUCGACUAUGAGGUCAUGGAGGAGGAGCUGAGGGAAACGGAGAAGCGGGCUUCUCGGCUGAGGGACCUGUGUCCAGAGAGGACGCGCGUGUUGGCGAAGAAGCUCCAGGCCACGCUGCAGGCGUGGGCCGAGCUGGGGGCGGCCGUGGCCCAGAACCGGGCGCGCCUGCGGGAGUUCCAGCAGCUUCGGGACUUCUUCAGGAGCUACCUCGCCGUGAUCUCAUGGACGGAAGACACCCGCUCGUGCAUCUUUUCCGAAGCUGCCUUGUAUUUCGAUAAAGAUGGUCAGAAGCCACUAGCCGCCGAGCUGGACAUGCAGAUCGAGCACAAGUUUGAGGAGUUUGACGAGCUGGCAGUCAAAGGCAGAAACCUCCUGGGCGAAGAGCACCACCUCACGCAGAUGGUACGAGAGCGCAUGGAAGAACUGAGGAGCAUGCUUGGCUGGAUCCUGCUGCACUGGAGAGCUCAGAAGCAACAGUGGCUUGACAAGAAAGGCCGGCAGGGGACUCCACAGGAUAACCUUUAUUCUGAGGCCAUAAUGUGCUCCCCAUCGUUAGAGAGUCCAGAUCCUGAGCAAGAGGCCUACAUGUCCCAUCAGCCCCUAGUCAUCCCCAAUGAAGACAAAGUGACAGUGACAGGGGACGCUCGGCCCGCAUCCCCGCCGCCCAGACAAACUGAGGAGCAGGAGGAGGGGUCGUUGGAGGACGGCUACGAGGUCAUGAACAGCAUCGGCCCACGGAGCGCGGGGGUCCCCUCCCCGGACUCCCCCAAAGCCUCUGUGGUGGUCCUCAACGAGCCCGGCGGCCCUGCUUCAGGGGGCGCGGUCAACCUCAUCCUUAGCUUCGGGGGCAAAGGGGACAGUCAGGUCCAGGUGGUUGAGCCAUCUGCAAAGACGGAUGAGGUAGUGAAGGAUGCGGCUGAGCCUGUCCACAGGCCCACUGUGCCUCAAUCUUCCGCCUGCAAAAGCCUUUGGAGGCGCUGCCAGGGGCUUUUGGAAAAUACUUUUGGUAGUUUAAAACGAAAGAAAAAGCUUUAUCGACAAAGUGCAAACGAGGUAAGUACCUACUUGCAUGUUAAGGAUAACAACUUGGCCUCUGCCCCUGUGUAUGAGAGUAUCACGCUGCCCCGCCAUAAGAGCCGCUGUGCCUCUCCUUGCCCCCCUCCUCCUCCUCACGCCGCCGGCGGCUCCAUCUUCAGCAGCCUCAAGCGAAUGGGCAAGAAGCGAAAGAGGAGGCGGGACGCCCGCCGACACACCAUCCAGAGGAUCAUGGGGCUGGACGAGCGAGCGGCGGGGCUGCCUCGCUUCCCCGGCGACACGGCGGCGUACGACACGCGCACGUGGCCGCUCAAAGAGGGCGGGAGGAAGAAGAGGGCGCAGGAGAGUCCAGACGGGGGCGAUACGGAAUAUCUGAAGAACCCCCUGCUGAGAGACAUUGACACGCAGUGUGCGGAGGAGUACUGCAUCACUCCGUACGCUGUGUCCUCGCCCUCAGCUCAGGCGAGGAGCCACUGCCGGUUCCUCUCUCUGGGCUCGGUGCUAAGCUUUGACCUCCCCAAGGACGUGGCCCUCAUCCCCAGCAUUCAGGACAUCAUCACCAUCGCCCCCCCGGAGGCCAAAAACGGAGCAGGGGCCGAUCCGGACCCUCACUCCCAGAGGCACUCGGCCCUCAGCUCUUUCAAACAGGUUCGAGCCGCUCCCGCUGCAGCCGCUCAGAGCUCCGCAGACGUCACGACCGGCUCAACCGGACCUCAGAUGAGCACAGCUGACAAAGACGAUGGCCCCGAUGUUAAUACGAGCCUCCGCCAGUCACCUCCUCCCUCCCUGGAAGAGCAGGAGGACCACACAGUGCCCUGUGGUGGCCUUUAUAAAGCCCAGUUCACGCUGCAUGAAGAUAGGGACAAAAUGUCAUCAGAGGUCAAAGCAAACACGGCUGAAGGUCACGGGACGGGUCAGCCUCCUAUUUAUGUGAACCAAGCCCAAAGUAGAGCUGCACAUGAACACGAGUGUCCCAGUGUCCACACGCUCAUCCGAGAUCUCAAUGGACACCGCUACCAUAAAUGCACAAGAUCCCGGCUCGGACCUCAGUGCCAGAACCAGACGUCUCACAUGGUAGUGAAUCUGAAGUCCACAGUGAGCGCGAGCGUUCGCCAGGACUCUGCAGACGCUGGCAUCUCCACGUCCAGCAGCGUCAAACUCUGCCCCGAGGCCCCCGGUCCAGACGCGGUCAUGAGGCUCGCGUCCCUGGACGCGGACGCUGCAGAUGUGCCCAGACCCAGAGCGAAGCCUGGCACCCCGACGCCUCCGCCUCCAGACUCAGCAGAGCUGGAGGCGGAGCGCGUCGCCCUCAACCACAAGCAGUUCGAGGAGGAGGAGGAGGAACUGGAGGACAUCUGGAACCAGUCCUCCAACUACAGACAGAGCGUCUGCUCCGACAUCAUGUACCAGACGAACCCGGAGGAGCCCGUGGCCCCGGACCGAAGCCGGGGGCCCCGCUCUCUCUCUCGCUCUCGCUCGCCCUCGCCGCGGACGCCCGCUGUGCUCUACAAGAACCUCGUCACCGCCUCGGCGCCCAACCUGCUGGUGGCCGAGUUCAGGCUGCCGCACUACGUCCAGAGCCGGCUGGGCUACGACAGAGGGGGGGGCCCCAGAGCGAGCGUCCCCCCUCUGGCCCGGGGAGACAGGAGGUCGUGGGCAGCGUUUCCUCACACAGAAGCGGAGAGCAAGGCCUCGGUGGCGGUGAACGAGACAGCGUCCGACCCAGUGAAGCUGCCGGACGUAGGCGACAGUCAGAGAUACAUAUAUCAGUACAGAGAGGAUGAGGAAGAGGAGGAGGAGGAGGAGGUGGAGGAGCACACGGGUGGUGUGAAGGACCAGUCGACGAGUCUGCUCUCAGUCCACAUGGGUUCGGAGCGAGGAAAAGCCUCGCGGAGCCCAGAGGACACCGAGACGCAGGAAGGGCCGAUGGCCGCCAGGGGGCGCCGUUUGAGCCCGAGCGGACGGCCCGAGCUCCAGCCCAUGGAGGGAACGCUGGAGAGGAAGCACAAGCUGCAGCUGGGGGGGAAGAAGGCCGCCUCCAGAGCCUGGGCCUCCUACUACGCCGUCCUCCACAGGCACACCUUGUGCUUCUACCAGGACAGGAAGGACACGCCGAGGGGCCCCGCGUGCGGCCUCCCGCUGGCGCUCAUCGGAGCCGAGUGCUCGCCUGCACCCGAAUACGCGAAGAAGCCCAACUGCUUCAGGCUACGGCUCCAUGACGGGUCCGAAUACCUGCUGAACGCCUCCUCGCGCUUCAUGAUGAAGAAGUGGAUGAUGAGAAUACAAGCAAACACAUGUCACGGGGACCGUGUGUGCUGCACCGGUGCUGCGCUGGCCUCCGACGAAGGCCUCCACACGUCCUCAGCUCCCUCCCUCGUCCCCAGCUGUCACAGUCUGGCCCGGUGCCGCUGCUCCUCCCGACGUGACGCCACCGCCACCCCCCCCAGGCACCAACCUUUGGCCGCGGCUCAAAGCAAAGAGAUAGUCGUCCUCACCAGGGAGCUCAGUCACGUGCCACAGGGUCGCUUAAGGCGUCUGGAUGAGCAGUGGAGCAUCUCCGCGCCACACGGAGGCUGCUAUGAUGAUGAUGAUGAUGAUGAUGAAGCCGGCACAAAGCAGACUGGGACUCCCGGAGGCGACGCCUCCUCCCCCCCUCUCUCCGGCGUCAAGUGUCGCUCCCACUCCUUCACAUCAGCGACGUACCAAAGGAUCAGGCCGGUCGGGCAGAACCCCGGGGGUCCGGAGAAAGGCUCCAACUACUGCGUGACGCUGGUGGUCGGGGACAAGGCGUCCGACGGCGGCAGGAGCUGCGGGCCUCCUGUUCUGGUGCCGGUGAGGAACUACAUGAGCCUGCCACGGCCGCCCAACAAGUCCGUCUUCAAGAAGUUCUUUGGGAAACGGGACCUCUGACUCUCCUGAAUAAUCGUUUUUACCAAAUAUAUUCUAAUGUGCCGUGCACAUAUUCAUCUACACAACAAGAACUCUACUACUGACUAUAUUUAUGAGCUAAAGAGCUACCACGGUUUUAUGUCCGACGUGUUUUCUAGAAAUCACUUAACAGGAUGAAAAGUCAUUUUAAUGAAUGUUUGAAUCACAAUGGUUUUUUACCGUGUGCGUGUGCACUGCGUCGUUUGGGAUUUUGGUAAUUGCAGGAACUCGUUUUUUGUGUUUUUCACACUACCUUUUGUAUUUUCUUGUUUUGUUUUAUUGUCAUGUUGUUGGAUUAGGAGUAAACCUUCCCACUAAGCAGAGACUCAGCUUGGAAACCGGCCUACAGAGUAAUCCCCAUGAUAUCACUAUGACUCAGUUAUGAGCAACAUUAACAAUGUUGGGCCCCUCCCCACUACAUGUACUGUGUUGAACCACAACAUUGUCUAUUUACACAUACACAAAGCAGCAGUUUGACACUGCUUGAACCUGCUUAUUAAUGGCUUAAUAAUAAUUCUAGUACAGUUUCACCAAAAAAUGUGUGUUCGAGCUUCGCUGUCAUCACUGGAUGCUUUGAAGUAAAAAGGGGAUUAGAUGAAUAGAGAGAUUAAAGGCCGGGCGCAGAACAGCUUCA